UUUGCCUCAUCAAAUUUCUCAUCCUUGGUGGCCUCAGAAUCUCUCAUAGGACUUAAAUAACCUGUAGGGGAUUCAAUAGCCAUGGCCUCUAGCUCCUCCACACUUUCCAUCUCCUCCUCAUCCACCCUUGUUGAUACCAAGGCUCCCCGCCACUCGGCAGCAUCAUCGCCGCAAUGUGUGACCCUCCCUACGCUUCCUCCACCCCUGGUUCAGUCUCAGAACCGCCCAGGGAAGACUACUGCCUAUUGUCGUAAGAUUGCGCGCAAUGUCAUGGCCAUGGCCACAGGGGAAGCACCUGCAGAAGUGGCUACAACUGAGUUCCCAGAGAUUGUGAAGACAGUUCAAGAAGCUUGGGAAAAAGUUGAAGAUAAGUAUGCAGUGUCUUCACUUGCGGUGGCUGGUGCUGUUGCACUAUGGGGCUCCACUGGAUUGAUCUCGGCAAUUGAUAGGCUUCCCUUAGUCCCUGGUGUUCUUGAGCUUGUAGGCAUUGGCUACACUGGGUGGUUUGCAUACAAGAACCUUGUUUUCAAACCAGACAGGGAAGCUUUGACGCAGAAGAUUAAAGACACGUACAAAGAUAUAAUCGGGAGCGGCUAGAGCAAACCUGAAAAGUAAUGCUGCUGAGAUUGGAAAAGAACUUGUGGUCGGUUUUUGAAGCUUAUACAUGUGUAUACCUCGCAGCAUUGUUCAUAAAUAUGUGAACAUUCUUCAUUUUGUUUGCAUAUAUAAGCUUAUUCUAACCGCGGUUAUAAAUGUACUUUGUCUUCAUUUUGUGAUUCA